CAACAAGCCACAAUAGGAUGCCGCACUUCCCCCGCUGCUGCCGGUGACCACAGAAGAAGCAGAUGGAGGAGCGUUGCCCCUGGAGACUCCAUAGCCCUGGGUCGCUGAGCACACAACAAACGUCCCUACAAAGGCACGGAAGCAUCUGCGCAUGCGCCAGGGCCACCGGCUCCUGUUUGGCUGUUUCCAUGGCUACGAAGCCCCUUCGCUUGGGAGAGUAAGGAAAAUGAAGCUCAAGAGCUUUUUGCUGAGGUAUUACCCACCAGGAAUUAUGCUGGAAUAUGAAAAAAAUGGAGAAUUAAAGACUAAGUCCAUAGAUUUGCUGGAGCUCAGUUCUAGUACUGAUGUGAACUCUUUAGUAGAAGAAAUCCAGAAAGUGGAGCCUCUGAUCACAGCAUCUCGGAUAGAACAAGUCAGACUCCUAGUGCAGAGGCUGCAGGAAAAACUGAGGCAGCACAGCGACCACAGUUUCUAUCUAUUUAAGGUCCUUAGAGCACACAUCCUGCCAUUGACCAAUGUGGCACUGAACAAAUCAGGUUCCUGCUUUAUCACAGGAAGCUAUGAUCGGACAUGCAAGCUCUGGGACACUGCAUCUGGAGAGGAGCUGCACACCCUGGAGGGCCACAGGAACGUGGUCUAUGCCGUAACCUUCAACAAUCCUUACGGUGACAAAAUUGCCACCGGGUCCUUUGACAAGACUUGUAAACUAUGGAGUGCAGAAACGGGGAAAUGUUACCACACCUUCAGGGGCCAUAAGGCAGAAAUAAUGUGUCUGUCAUUCAACCCUCAAAGCACCGUGGUGGCUACUGGGAGCAUGGACACAACAGCCAAAGUAUGGGACAUUCAGAGUGGAGAGGAAGUGGUCACUCUAAUGGGGCAUUUAGCAGAAAUCAUUUCCUUAUCAUUUGACACCUCAGGAGACAGAAUCAUCACAGGGUCCUUUGAUCACACAGUUAUAGUGUGGGAGGCUGAUACUGGAAGGAAGGUGUACACUCUCAUCGGUCACCGUGCUGAGAUCAGCAGUGCCCUAUUCAAUUGGGAUUGUUCUCUAAUACUGACAGCCUCCAUGGACAAGACCUGCAUGUUGUGGGAUGCUACAGAUGGAAAAUAUGUGGCAACUUUAACAGGCCAUGAUGAUGAAAUUUUAGAUAGCUGCUUUGAUUACACAGGAAAAUUGAUUGCAACAGCAUCAGUGGAUGGAACAGCGAGAGUUUACAGUGCAGCCACAAGAAAAUGCAUAACCAAACUGGAAGGUCAUGAGGGGGAAAUCUCAAAGAUUUCUUUCAACCCCCAAGGGAACCGUCUUCUGACAGGCAGCUCUGAUAAGACAGCUAGAAUCUGGGAUGUUCAGACUGGCCAGUGCCUCCAGGUCCUGGAGGGGCACACUGGUGAAAUAUUUUCAUGUGCUUUCAACUAUAAAGGAAAUAUAGUCAUUACAAGAACUGCUGUACGUGUCAUCACCGCAGUGGAUGACUCUAAGGAGGCCACGUCACUGAGAAGUCCACCUCAGUAUGGCGACAACUCACAAAGACUAUUCCUAGAGCUCCACUAG